AUGGUCGAUUCAGACAGGAACUGCUCAUCGGAACCUACUUUCUACGAUAUGUCGGCUUCCCUACUGAGUUCGCUGGAUUCUGCGGACAACUUACUCGGUGGUACGGAACGCGAGGUUGACGAAGAUGACUAUGGUGAUGACGAAUCCGCUCUCAUUGAGUUAGAUACAGAAACAUUCGGACUGCCCAUAAAAAUGGACAAUAUAGAUCACCAGAGCAGCAACUUCCCAGAUAUAUCUGACGAGUUCAACUGUCUGAGACACAAAUCCUCGAGUGCUUUGAGCUCUUCUGCAGAUCCAGAAAAGAAAGUCAGGUUUCCCAAAGCCCUCGAUGGAUUAAGUGAGGAUAGACCCAGUACAUCAUAUAUCGGUCUUGAUUCGAUUUCCGGGUCAAAAUCAAGUUCAGGAACCAAUCUGUCCUCUGCAUCGAGACUGGGUAGCAAGAUGGACAUCGAACAACUGAUACUCUCCGCCAACGUUAUGAACAAGUUCAUCGACAAAAAUAUAGAAUAUAUUAACAUGUAUCAGUCCGGGUUUUUUGAGAGUAAAUCUAGUGUGAGCCUCAUGAGUGGUGUACAGUCGCCGAAUGCAAGAAGUGCGGUGCAUUCCAAUUUUGAGUUGACAGAUCUAGAAGAUUGCAGUGCCGACACGGAUGAUACCGAAAACUGGAGCGGGAACGACGACUCUCUAGUGAUUCAACGCAACCACAGCGAACAAAGUACCGGGAGGUCAUCACCAUUGGGUGUAGAGCUGGCUCGGAGCGAGGAACUGAGUAGAGACCUGCUGGAUGAGUUACUGAUAAAAGUGGCCAAAGAGUUUCGUGUAGAUAGAGAGCAAGAACAGACAGAGCAAAUGGAAUAUACGUGCAUUCAAGUGUACACUGCAGUACCCCUACGGGAGAAUAUCCAGGAAGUAAACUGUUCCGAACUGGAGUCCAUAUCAACGGAUGGUGCUAUACAGAACUUAAUUGAUACUUUCCACCGAAUAUUGGAUCUUUCGGAACGGUGCCCCGAGAAUUCUGCAGUCAAGUCUGAGCAUGAUCUGUGCAGCAGAUUCAUCAUGAAAAAUAUACCCUCGCUGUCAUUUGUGGACUUUAUCAAGCGAAUACACGACAAAUGCCAUUUUGAUACUCCAGUGUAUUUGUCGGCAACAUACCUUUUACAAAUCCUGUUCCUCGAGAGAUCUGCUGAAUCGAACUCAUUAGAGCUGAAGUUCAAAUUGCAAAGAGAUGGUCUCCAUCGAUUGAUCAUAGCGCUUGUCCGAAUUAGCACAAAGCUACUAGAGGACCAGAUACAUUCACAUGAUUACUUUAGUAAAGUGUGUGGUGUUACAAAGAGGCUUUUGAGUAAGCUGGAACUCUCCCUCCUGAAGUGUCUCAGCCGUGAACGACUGAUGAUCACAAUGAAGAAACUGAAUACCCCAACUCGCAUCUUAGAGGAAUUGAAUGCUAUGUAG